GUAGGAAAAAAGCAGAAGAGACAGCACAGGAAAGAGAUAUGUAUUAUUAUGAAGAGGGUAGCAGCUGGGAUGAGGAAAUUGGGAGCCACUGCACUGAAUAUGUUCAGCUGGCCUUUAUGUGCUCCUGUCUGUCCAUUUUUGUGGGAGGCAUCCUCCUCAUCUUGAUGUUCAGAGUAAUAGAAUACACAUUGAGGUCCUUGUUUAAAUUUACUGGAUUGAAGACUCGAAGGAUGCCAAGGUUAAAUCUAUGGAAGAGACACUUUCAGGUUUGGGUGGUAAGGAUGAUCUCUGCUCAGACUGUUGUGGGACGUAUACUGGUCAUACUGGUGUUCCUGUUUAGCAUUGGAUCACUUAUCAUUUACUUCAUCAACUGUCAAAGUGUUAAACAGUUCUGUCUCUCAUUUGAAGACCAGACAGUUUUUGUAGACCUCUUCUUCAAUUUAUUCUUCCUCUUUUACUUCGGAUUGCGGUUCUUUGCAGCAAGUGACAAGUUGACGUUUUGGAUUGAACUCAAUUCUAUUGUGGACUUCUUCACCAUUACCCCGGUCUGUGUAGCUUUCUAUUUAGGAAGAAACUGGCUUGGUUUACGUUUCUUGCGAGCACUCCGACUGAUGGAACUUCCCAAAAUAUUACAGUUUCUCCAGAUUACGACGACUGCCACUGCAAUCAAGCUGUCCAAACUCCUAGCUGUAUCUGUCAGCACUUGUCUCACUGCUGCAGGAUUUCUUCAUUGGAUCGAAAAUUCUGGUGAUCCCUGGUCACAUACUAAAAAUUCCCAAAGCCUGACUUACUUUGAUUGCUUAUACAUGGUCAUGGUAACCAUGUCUACAGUUGGAUAUGGUGAUGUGGUGGUAAAAACCUCCUUAGGGCGGACAUUCAUCAUUUUUUUCAUCAUUGCUGGCUUGGUCCUUUUUGCAAAUUUGGUGCCUGAAAUGGUAGACAUUGUUGGAAGCACUAAACUACACAAGGGUUCCUACGUGGCUGUGAAAGGCAGAAAAUAUAUUGUGGUCUGUGGUUAUAUCACUCUGAACAGCGUAACUACUUUCCUAAGGGACUUCUUAUCCCCAGGCUCUGGGCAGGUUGCCACUGAGAUUGUCUUUUUGGGAGAAGCUGAUCCAGGUCUGGAACUGGAAACUAUAUUCAGAUGUUAUGCUGCAUAUUCCACUUUCUUCCAAGGUUCUGCGAUGAAGACUGAAGAUCUGCGGAGAGUUCAGAUGGAGAACGCUGAAGCAUGUCUCAUCUUGGCUGAUACAUGUUCUGCCAACCCCUAUAUCGAGGAUACUACUAACAUCAUGAGGGUACUGUCCAUCAAGAAUCACUUCCCAAACACCAAAGUCAUAAUACAGAUCAUCCAGUCUUCUAACAAGGUCUACCUUCCAAAGAUCCCCAACUGGGACUGGAGAAGAGGGGAUAGUAUAAUCUGCUUUGCUGAGCUCAAACUUGGGUUAAUAGCACAGAGUUGUGUGGUGCCCGGCUUGACUACGCUGUUGACUAGUCUGUUCAUUAGGGAAGACUCCAAGUUACAGAAACUGAGCAAUUUGAAUAAGCACCUGCAUGAAAUAGAAGGCCACGAUUAUAAAGUGAUGACUCAGCUUCUAUCCAACGAUUUUAUUGACAUGUCCUUCAAAGACGUGGCCAAAUUGUGCUUUUUGAAGCUGGAUCUCAUGUUGCUUGCUAUCGAGUUUCGAUCUGACAUGCAAGGAAAUAGCAUCCUGAUCAACCCUUCCAUGAUUAAACUCCAUUUGGACACAAUGGGCUUUUUCAUCGCCAAAUCUGCAGCGCAACUCAGAAGGGCACGGUAUUACUGUAGACAAUGCCACAGUGACAUUUUAAAUCCAGAGUUAAUUGGAAAGUGUCGUUGCAGAGCAAAAACCACGAGAAAAACCUCACUCUCCCUUUCUGAGGACAACAUGUCAGGGAUUGCUGGGGAUCAGAGUCAUACAAGUGCAAAAGAUGUUAUUCUUAUUUUUAUCCAGAAGGUAGACACUUUUGUCUACCUGGGCUCCACCAUAUCCAGCAAGCUUUUCAUCGACACUGAGCUGGACAUGCACAUCGGCAAGGCAACUACAGCAAUGGCUCGCCUCUCCAAAAGGCCUCUGUCACGGUCCGGUCUACGGGUGAACCAAGUCCUGGCAGAGGACGUCAGGACCGGGGACAAGAUGGCGAGUCCAUCCAGACCUUCAGAAAACGUGGAGGAGGACCAUGGAAAAACCACUCUAGACUCUUCAGGAAUGUUCCAUUGGUGUGAAGCUGUUCCUUUUGAGGAGGCCCUCUUGAUCUGCGCUGAUCACAUUGUAGUCUGUGUUUUCGGAGAUGCUACCGCCGCGCUGAUUGGACUACGGAACUUUGUGAUGCCUCUACGAGCCAGUAACUUCACACUCAGUGAGCUGAAGGAUAUUGUCUGUGGAUCACUUGACUAUCUCCAAAGAGAAUGGGAAUUCCACAAUUUCCCCCAAACAUUCUUACUGAGGGGCAGUGCACUUUCCUGUGCUGAUCUGAAAACAGCCAACAUCCAGUAUUGUAGCAUGUGUGCCAUUCUCUCAGCCCAUGCGAGAGGUCCUGGUGAUCAAAUCCUGGUGGAUACAAAAUCUAUCCUGGCUACUCUGAACAUCCGUUACUACAUUUUAAAGCAACAGGUAGCUACUCCACUGGAAAUCAGUCAGGGAACAAUUGAUAGUCAAACAGUGCCCAUGCUUUCCAAACGGACUCCCAUCAUCACUGAGCUGAAGAUCGCCUCCAAUGCACAAUUCUUUGAACAGAGCAACAAAAAUCAAUCUGUUUAUGGAACACAACAGUUAUCCAGAGGAACAGUAUUUUCUGACAGCUUUUUGGAUGCUGUAAUGUGCACUACCUACCAUAAUCACCAUGUGUUGGCUUUGCUGCAGUCACUGGUGACUGGAGGGACCAGUCCAGAACUGGAAGAAUAUCUGACAGAUGUGGCUUCACUGAGUGGCAGUACUAGCAAUGUGGUGCACUAUGGGUCGAGGAACAGGUGUAAACUGGCACUUAUACCACUGACAAAUAGUCCAAGUGUCACAGACGGACUACUGCUCUUCUUUGGGGAUAUCUACAAUCUAGCACUUGACUCGCAUGGAAUCCUUUGCUUUGGCCUCUACCGUCAGAAAGAUGAGAACAGUUUUAUUGAAAAUAGAUUUGUGAUUGCUCGGCCACCUACCAAUUUUGAGAUCUACGCCUCUGAUCAGGUCUUUUGCCUUGUCCCAUUCAACACUUUAGUAAAUGACCUGACAGCUGUGAUAAAGUCCAUUCGAACAGUCAGGCGAAAGGAUGCUUUGCAGACAGCAGACCAAGUGUUUUUAGCAUGA